AUGGGCUUGGGAAGUGUGUUUGGGAAACUCAAGCAAUUUCUCCAUCCAAUACCAUCCAAAAGUGUUGGUAGUUCGGAAAGUGUCUCUGAUAACUUCGCAUUCUAUGAACCGGCUUUUUUUUACAAUCUAGAGUGCGGUAGUGAUGAGUCCUAUAUUGAUGUUGAGUAUAUAGCUAUUCAAAAGUUUGUACGUUUUUAUGGUGUGGAUUUCGACAUGCCUUGCAUUGAUUUUCUCGUUCGGUUGUGUUCUUUUCUUGGCUUGAGAGCUGGGGAUCACGCCAUUUUAUUCCCAUGUGCAAGUCUAUCUGGAGCCCCACGCAUUUGCUGGCGUUGUGUUCCUCCAAGCAGCAAGGUUGGUUCAUGGAUCAAUUCAGAUACAGCUGGGAUAAAGUUCCCACGUAUGGUUCGACUUAUUGCAAAAUGUUGUCUCAAAAGAUCAGCUAAGCUUUACCAAUAUCCAUUUCUUGACGCGGAGUUCAAGAAUCCUGUUCUCCCUUUAAAAACUGGAAAGGAAUUUUUGGAUGAUCUCGGUCAGCGGAUUAUCGUACAUUUACCAGGAGACCGUAAGAUUGUUGUUCGUGGGCAGCUGAAUGAACCUAUUAUGAAAGUUUUUCAGGAGGUUUGCUCGGAACGCCAUCUUCAACAGAGCGAUUAUUGCAUCGCAAAUCCAAAGACAGGGACUAUCCUUGAUCCACUGGAUACAUUUACAAACCAGAAUGUAGAUCAAAUUGAACUUAAAGAAUGGAGAGAUUCCAAAUUUGAUCAGUAUUCGUCAAGGUCAUCUGAAAAUUAUCUAAUGAGUAGUUCGAAAGUAGGAUAUUCGAUGUCCACUUUACCAAGAUUUAGCUCAUCGGAUCCCUAUUCGGAAAAUGAUAUACAGUCGCUUACGUUAUCGUCUGAUGUUUCUAAUGGAUAUUCAAAACCGAGUGUUCACGUUUCUGGGAGGGGUAUGAACAAUGUGAAACGUAAAUGCAAAAAGCAUACAGCCCCAAGUAUACCCCCCAGACAGCUGACACUCGACCAACAUAUAUCUCCUUUUACUCUUGAACUCGAAAAAAGACGUUCGAUUAGUUGCACAACACUUCCAUCUACUCUUCCAAAAAAGAAAGAUUUUUCUGAAGCCUUAAAUAAUACGCGCUAUACAGUUCAGGAUUUCAAGUCCGAUGGAAGUGCAAUGUAUAAGCCUAACACUCAAGAAAUAGUUGGCAAAAGUUUAACUGAUAUUCCAACCUAUCGGUCGUCUGCCCAAAGGCUUAAAGCCACCAUUGUUUUAAAGCCCAAUUCAAAGAAGCAAUCUGAAGCAUCUAACUCUUCCUGCCCUCCACCGCCGCCACCCCCUCCGUUACCUGCAAACUUUUUCAAAGGCAACAGUUGUAACAGUACUAAUUUAUGUACUGAGAAUUGUCGUAAAUCUGAAUCUGAUCUGUUAAAAGCACGCAGCUCUGUUCUGGAAGUUGAUGAGAAGCAAGACAGCAAUAGAAGUACAUCUCAGAUAUCUAAAUUGAGUAAUCCAUCUUCAUCAUCAUUAUCUUCAUGUCAUACUCUUCCAUCUUCGUAUGGUUUAACUGGUGUGAAUACAUUUAAAGGAAAUCCUGUAUCUCUAAACGUUAAAACACUGAACAUUAACCAGAAACAAAUGUCACCAGCACCAUCGCUAUCAUCAUUCACAAAGCCAGAGUCUCUUGGUUAUUCUGAUAAGUCUCCAGCUCCCAAUAUGGAUUUAGUCACUGAAUUAACGAAUGCUUUUAAACGAUUACAAAGAAGUGAUAAUACAGAUGAAAUAGGAACUCAGAAAAGAAUUGUCAAAGACGUUUGCAGUGCUAUCCGAAAACACUCACAGGAUGCUUCAUCGCCUGCUGAUAAUAAUCAAAUGGAUGGCGGUUUCAUUAAACCAGAACCUACAACUGCAUUAUCAGUAGAAGAAUGGGAUGAUUUGCGUGUAAAAAAGGCUGUUUCUACAACAUUUUGGGCUGGUACUUCUUAA